CUCAAGAAAUUAAUCUUGCUCACCAUGAAGUCCUCCGUCCUCUCCGCCUUGGCCCUGGCCGCUGGUGCUCUUGCCGCUCCGUCUGCAGAGAUCGAAUCCAACCUCGAGAAGCGCAACCCCAGCGGUUCCUUCAGUCUGUAUGCCUGGGGUGUCGCUGCUUCAGGUCUCAAGUUCUUCUAUUCCGAUGGACUCGCCUACGCCGGUGACUCAUCUCUCUGGCCCUAUGGAUCCGUCACCACCGACGUCACCUUCGUCAUCACUGACACCGAACUAAUUACCACUGCCACCACCGACGGUGUCACCCUCGACUCCGACACCCUGUUCUAUAUCCGUCCCACGGCUGACGAGAUCCUGCCUGUUGGUUUCACCGGCAACGGCAUCGAUACGCCUUCUGAUGCCGCCACUGAUGGCUUCCUCUUCUAUGGCUCUUAUCUCAUGUGGGAGGAGUCGUCUGGCGAGUUGAGCGAUGUGUUCCGUCUCAAGGAGACUAAUGUCACCGAUGUUUAUCAGGUGUACUGGGAUACGUCGAGCUUGGAUGAGAGUGGGUAUUAUUAUCCCACUGUUAAGGAUACGGCGCCUUCUAGUUAGGCUGUUGUUGAGGAGCUGGGGAGGGGGUUGGUGGG